CAUUAAUGUCGCUGGUGGCUGCGACCUCCUCCCUCUCAGCUGAGUACUGGGAAGGCGAAUCUGUGCCUGAGAGAUCGCAGGCGAUUUAUGAUUCGUGGACGCCGAGAAAGGGGUGUUGUGUCCAUGCCCAGCUGUGGUCCCUGUGGCCGACGUGUCCGGAGGUUGUGAGUCGCCAGGUGUUCGCGGUGCACAGGAGGGCUCGGCAGGGGCAAAAUGGCCUCUUGCGCGCGGAGGCCUUGGUUGCAGCUGCUGCCGCCACUGCUGCUCCUCCUCCUCCUGCCCCUUCUGCCAGUGGUUGCAGCUGCUGAACAAGAGCCACCCCUGGCCAAGAACUGGCAUGACUUCUGGCUCUUUCGCUUCUUGAUCAACAUUCUGGGCUAUGCAACGAUCAUUGUUCCUGGCUACAUUCUCAUUAAGUAUUUUAAGAAGAUAAAUUACCUAGAAACAGGUCGCGGAAUUUGUUUCCCUGUUAUAAAAGCUUGUGUAUUUGGAAAUGAAUCAAAAUCCAGUCUCCUGGAUGAGGUUUCCACAGCCCCCAGAAAUGAGUCGGAAACUGCCUCGUCAACCAGACAGGCUUUAAAGUUGUUCUUUUGCGCAGCUGGGCUUCAGGGUUCCUACUUGACUUGGGGUGUCCUACAAGAACGGGUCAUGACGCGCUCUUAUGGAGCAACCGACACAGAGGAGGGAGAAAAGUUCUCAGACUCCCAGUUCCUCGUCUUCAUGAACCGCAUCCUGGCCCUGACCGUAGCUGGACUGUGGUGCGUCCUGUUCAAGCAGCCCCGUCACGGUGCCCCCAUGUUCAAAUAUUCCUUUGCCUCGCUCUCUAACAUCCUGAGCAGCUGGUGCCAGUAUGAGGCCCUGAAAUUCAUCAGCUUCCCCACACAGGUCCUUGCUAAGGCCUCCAAGGUCAUCCCUGUGAUGCUCAUGGGGAAAAUUGUGUCACGCAAGAGCUAUGAGUACUGGGAGUACUUCACGGCUGUGCUGAUCUCCAUUGGUGUCAGCAUGUUCCUCUUGUCCAGCACCACAGCCAAGCAUCCCUCCACAGUUACCACCUUUUCAGGCGUGAUCAUCCUUGGUGGCUACAUCAUGUUCGACAGCUUCACCUCCAACUGGCAGGACAACCUGUUUAAGUACAAGAUGUCCUCCGUACAGAUGAUGUUUGGGGUGAACCUCUUCUCCUGCCUCUUCACUGUGGGCUCACUGCUGGAACAGGGAGCCUUUUUUGAGUCCAUCGCUUUCAUGAUGCGCCACUCAGAAUUUGCCUUCCAUGCCAUACUGCUGUCCAUCUGCUCUGCUUGUGGCCAGCUCUUCAUCUUCUACACCAUCGGCCAGUUUGGUGCUGCCGUCUUCACCAUCAUCAUGACCCUGCGACAAGCCAUUGCUAUUCUGCUUUCCUGCUUUUUGUAUGGCCAUGCCAUCACUAUAGUGGGGGGCUUUGGUGUGGCCGUGGUGUUCAUUGCCCUCUUUCUGAGGGUCUAUGCCAGGAGCCGUAUGAAGAGGAGCAAAAAGCCAGCUGCAAACCAGUCACAAGUCCAAAAAGUGUAGGCAGAGGAACUCUGUUCAGACACCACGUUUUCUGUGGUGGGUGUUUUUUUUUGUUGUGAAUUGCAUUUAAACUUUUCCUUUUUUUUUAAAAAAAAAAAAAAACAAAAGGGUUUUUACUUUGUAUAGUAACGGUACAGUAAGGGAAAAAAAUAUAUCUGUAAGAUGUAUGACUUAACAAUUUUGCAUCAAAUGGUUAGUUUAAAAUGACACAAGAGAAUGUGUUUACUCAGAUUAAUGGGGGCUCAUGUCAUUGAACUUGGUACUUUUCAGAGAUACGUGGAUAUUUGUGAAUGUCAAGGAAGAAAAGUGUAUGUUCCCCAAUGUUCAAGUCUUUUCUUUAAAUAAUGGAAUGUUUAUUGUGACUUUUUCAGAUUAACAACAGUUGAUGUUAACUGUGGGAUUAAAAUUAUACACUUAAAGCAUUAAGUACUAAACAUGAAAAGCAAAAUGUUGUGCUUGUUGCCCAAGAACAUAUUGGCAGAUGGCCUAGCCUGCUGGAAUCUGUGCUCAAGAAAAUGAGAUCAAAUGCAAACAAAACAUUUGUGAUGCAUAGAAAUGUUGGUUGAACAGUAGCUCUUAAGUAAAACACUGAUAAAGUGUGAAUGAGAAGCUGAGCUGUAGUUGGUCGGUAUAAUUUGAGUUUUAAGUCACGUUUAUCCUUUAGCAAGGAAACUGAUACCAGCUGUAGCACAGAAAUGCAGUAUAUAGAAAAUAUAUUUUAAAAAUGACUAAAUCCAUAAUGUACAGUUUUUUUUAAUGGUAGGUUGGCAAGAGUUUAUCCCCUUGUGGCUUGUUCGGAAUAUCCUAUAUUUGAACUGUAUCAACUCUUGCUCAGUUCUGCUAGACUAAAAAGACAAAGAUGGCAUUUACACAAAUCCCUGCUUCAAAACUGCCUUAACUUUUAAGCAGUUUCACUCACCACGCUGUAUUCGUUAUGACCAAUGUAGAUUUUUAUUUUUUGCUUUGGAAUUGAGUAGCUCUUUAGUGCUUGUUGAGUGUUUUGUCUACUUUAAACAUAAAAUGCACUAAAGCAUUUGCUGAUUAGGGUGGGUUGGAUGACUCCAUAAAAGAGGUCAUUUAUGUUUUUUGCUAAAAUCAGUGUUCUUUUGUUGUAAGGGUCAGGUCUGGGUUCUCCUCUUACUGUUCUAAACAGAAGUGGUGUUGAUGCUGAUGUCUCUUGCACCUGUAUGCCAGAGGACCAUAGUUAGUUUUGCUUGACAUUGUACCUAUGGGUAUAUAUGCCAAGCGGAUAAGGACAACGGAUAAGCUUAUAUCAGAACAAAAAUUUAGCAUUCAGAUUCAUGAUUUAGUUUCUUUCCCCCUUAAGAUGCUACAUGUUUCUUUAGAUUUACCUGGUUCAUUACCAACCUGGAGUUCUCCAGGUCUUCAGCUGAGACUAUGUGGCCUUUUGCGGUUAAUACACAGCUCUCCGGCCCUGUGUUUGCGAUUUGCACGCAAGUGACACCCAUUUGCAGCAACAGAAUUAAAUUGAAACUUUGUUUGGAACCUUGUAAUAAAUGCCUACUUGUAAGGACCAAAUUUUUUUUAUAGUGAAAUCUGGCUUACCUCAUUGCUUUUGUCUGCAGUAAUCAGGGUAGUUGCAGUGCGUGUUGGAGAACAACUUCGAAGGAGGGCAUCGAAUGAUGUUUGCAAUACUCUAAAACACUCUAAUGCAUGCUUUUCUAAAAGCCAAAGACUCAGUACUGCAGGACACAACCGACUCUGCUCUCCAUUCUGCCCUACAGUUGCAUGGGUUUUACACUGCCCACAAAGUCAGAUUUGAAUAACUAUCCCUCUGUUAGUAUGUGUUGUAUUUCCAGACAUCACUUUUUUUCUAGCAAACCCUGAGCUUUCAUUUUGCUGCACAUUAGAUCAUUUCACAUCGCAAGGUGUGCUGAAUUCCCAGUGGAUCUUGUCAGCGGUGUGUUUAACUGUGCUGUGUCACUGAAACACUUAGCUGGAUGGCAUGAGCUUUAGUGCUCCUGUCCAUGGGUUCAGAUACAGUAAAAACUCUCAGGUCCAGUAAAAACACCUGAAACUUAAGUUAGAGUCCAAAUUGGAAUGUAAUCGAUCUCAUUUCACCAGUGAAAACUGCUUAUUAGUACUACUUUUAACGUAAGCACUCCAUGGACUAAAUAUGCCUGGAGAGCCCUUGUUGGCAGCCUAUGCCCUAGGAAGGGUGGAAGGCUUUGAUGAUGAUGACUCCAUGCACUAACUUCGUACUAAAAUUUGUUUUGUUCCUUUUCACUGCCAAGUUGGUGACCAUUGACGUUGCCUUUAGUGGCUAUGCGCACAAGGCAAUGCACAAUGCUUAUGGUGUCUCUGUGUUGGUUCCUCCUCUCGUUGCCUUCUAGAAAGAGCACCACAGCUUUGCGUGUUGGCCUAGUGAUUUUAAUUGCUGAGAUCUGUUGUAAGCCUUCUAUGGCUCUCUGCUUGUGUUCUUCAAGGGUGUGCGUUUUCCCUACAUUCACUUUUUUUUUUUUUUAUUGUUGAUCCCUCACCAGUGGUCUGUGGAAAUGCUUCAGUGAAAAAGUAAUAUUUGUAACAUGUAAUUUUUUUUUUAAAGUGGCCUAAUGAAGUGUAAUGACAGCUUUGACAUGUGAAGGAAGAGCAACAUAGUUGGCAUCAGAAUGCAUACAAGGGAAAUGAAUGCAUUACAGGUACUCCAGUUUUUAUGUUAGUAUUUUUUUAGAUGGUUCAAUAAAGGUAUUUAAAUGAAAAUUUCUCAUUGUGUC